AUGCCUCUUGCCUCGAUCGCACGACGAACGCGGCUGUCCCACUCUCAUGUCCAGCCAUUGAUGAGAAGCAUCCAGAAACGAAGCCAUGCACUUUCCCUAUCUGCAAGUGUCGGACUGGCCCUGGGUCUCUUGGCGGCCCUUAUGCUAGGCGUUCUCCUCACAACGUGGGUGGUCUUGCGAGUCAAGCGCGGCCCGGGCGUCACCCUCCAGACCCUGUUCAGCCGACAACCUAUUCCUCCUGUCCGAAGACCCGAUAGCGAUCCAUCUGACCCAGCAGUCGAAUCCGCGAAGCCUCUGAACGACCUGCCCUCUAAAGAUGACCAUACCUCACAAGAUUUUCGUCGCAUAUUCAAUGCCUCUCCGCGCCGCAUAUCACGACCUAUGUCUCAAUAUGAAUACCUGAACAUCCACGAGAAGACAGCCGACGUCCCAACUGCCGUCCGCACAGCGCCAUCGACAGACCCGUCCUCCAACUCUGGAAGUCCAUUCGUUCCGAUGCCCCCAAUAGCACGAUUGGGUCCGGUCCGCACCAUGUCGGAGGCGGAUAUCCGGCGCGGACUCCCGCCGUCUCCGCUUGACGCCCGGACACGCACGAUCGCGCGCUUAGCGGGAACCGCGCCCCAGGAGAUUCAGCCGCCAGCAUUCAAUCUGCCGUGGAAGGAGGAGUUCUAUGUUCCUGACAGCCCUGAAGAUCACAUCAUUGUCUUACCCUCGCCGCGCGACCUGAAGACGUUUAGAUUGACAAUGCAUGCUUGA